GGGUGGUUUGACAGGGUGGCCUUUCAGAUUGUGUUAAAAACAAAGUGGACACAUUGAGGAGCUCUGUGUUAACAGAGGGCGGCUGCAGAGGCGGUUCUACUCACUGUUUUUCCGGGCAGGUUAUGGUCCUAAUGGAAGGAUCCGGAUUCAUGAGCCUGGCUCGUCUCGCAGCAUCAGGCAGGCCUCUCUUUGACCGGCUGCUGUAGAAGGUCGGUUAAGGAACCCGGUUAACAUGGCAGUAGCCACAGAAAGUCAGGGGUUCGAAUCCCGCCGUCACCACUGUGCCCUUGAGCAAGGCACUUAACCCCAGAUUGCUCUAUGGGAGAUGGGCCCUGAAAUAAUGGAUCGUCGUCGUCGUAAGUCACUUUGGAUAAAAGCGUCGGCUAAAUGCUUAAACAAAUAAACAAGCAAAUGAUAGAUCAGCAGGUCAAACAAGGAGCGUUUCUUCAAUAACUACAAUGUGUGUCUCGUUAGGAAUUCAUGCUCAACUAGUUUUCAACCAGCCACUGACGGCCAACGCCUACAAGGAAACGAUGGGUGAUGUCAUCCCACUCCGACAACUGGACAGGCACGUGUGUUCUGAUGGGUAAACCCGGGAGAGCAGUUUCAUGAUCAAGGGAGGGAGUCUGCCUUUCACGUGGAACACGCAACAUGUUCUGUAGAAGAUGUGAAAGUUCCUCAAGCUGAGGAACUCGCUUGAGGAAGUUUUCAAGUGGACUUUCUCUGCUUUCGUCUUUGGUAAACAUUUCCCUGUUGUAUAAUAUUCCCAUUCAUGCCAGCUUGGGGUUGGGCUUUUGGGGCUUAACCUGUUCAGAAGCCAAAGAGAAUUUUUCUUUGUGGACAAACCUUUGUUUUGAUUGCGUAAUCAUUUAGGGAGUGACGUUGACUUAGUACAGAAAAAUCCCAAAUCCAGUUUCCUCUUUCUAAGGUGCGCUGUAUCACAUGACCCGAGGCCUUGUUUUGUCGACCAAUAGGAGUUUCUUUAAUGGCGCUCGUUUGGAAACUCCAUGCAACAUGACCACCAGUAAAACCAGAGUCCAGCGUCUGAACGGAACAAAGAACCUCUUUGUUGGAUUACUUGUUGUUAAGGCAAGACAGAGCCUCAAGGUGAGGGAGAUGGAGACAUGGAUGCCCACGACGCGCCCUGACGACCUGGUGUCGUCGGGAGACUCCCCCAACGGCUCGGACUUCGCCUUCACCGAGGACACGCACACCACCGUCGACGCCGAAGACGAUACGCCGUACGACGACGAAGAUGACGAGGAGGAGUCAGAGUUCUCCGGAUCCGGUGAUGGAGCCACCACCGUGCCCACCAGAUGGGACCAGGACAAGACGCCAGCCAUGCCUGACGUCAACGACAACCAGAUCUCAGAGCUGGAGCGCCCGGCCCUGCCCACGGUGGACGAGGUGGAGGCGGUGCGGAAGAGCAACGAGAUCCACCUGCACAGCAACGAGGCGCCCUCCUCCCACGAGGAGCAGCCCUCCAACGUGCUCAUGUCCCACGCCAGCGACGAGAGCAUCUUCAACAAGACCGAGGUCCUCGCAGCUCUGAUCGCAGGGGGCGCUGUGGGGCUGAUCUUCGCCGUGCUGCUCAUUCUGCUGCUCAUCUACCGCAUGAAGAAGAAGGACGAGGGCAGCUACGACCUGGGCAAGAAGCCCAUCUACAAGAAGGCCCCCACCACGGAGAUAUACGCAUAGUCCCGCCCCCCCUCACCUCUGAACCCUGAUCAAGACCCCCGGAUACGGACCCAGCCCCCAACCUCACUCAGUGCCUGAAACCCCCCCCCCCCCCCCCUCCUCCUCCCUCUGCUGGGCCUCAACGCCCCUCCCAAUGACAUUCAGUAGCAGCCAAUCAGGGAGGGAGACCGCUUCAACGGAGCACUGACUGACUCCGCCCCCUCCUCCUCAUCCUCCUCAAUAUUCAAUAAAUCGAUUGGUGCUCUUCUAUCCAAUCGGAGGCUUUGUUCUUAGAUUUGUUUUAUUGUUUUUAGUUUUUUGAGAAGAAGCGAGAGGGGAGAACCGUUUCAGGUCCAAACCAGUUCGGUACGAGACCACCAUUUUGAUUAGAAUUUACUUUUUGGUUUUCAUUUUGGUUUCGUCUCCCCAUGUAAAUAGCAUCUACAACUUUAUUGACAAUUGAGGACUUUGUAAAUAAAUGGCAAAGUCUUCUCUUGCAUUUCUCUUUCGUACCCCCCCCCCCCCCCCCCACCCCACCUCUCUCUAUCCCCCCCGGUCCUCCAUUUUGUAACACUAACACUGUGCAAUGCCAUGCUCUCAUCGCGGUACACGUUCAGUUCCAUUUAUUUAUUUUCCUUGUCCUUUUACCUCCUCCGGCUCCUCAUUGGUCCACUCCUCAACCAAUGAGGAGUCUGUUUUAGAUUUUUUUUUUUUUAUUGAAUCUUGUUCUGGUAUCGCAGAGCUCCACUUUACUGUAGUUAAUUAUUUUGUUAUGUCUUUGUGUCUUCAACGUCAUGCAGAGAUUUCAACCGUUUAUUGUGACUUUCGUUUUCUUUUCUAAAUAAAAGAUUUCCUUUUAUGCUCGGGAAGAAAUGUCACCCCGCGUUGUCAGUAGGUACUUUCCCUGUCGAUCAGAAACCAUCACAGCCCACUGGUGGCAUUUACGGUCCUUACCGCGGCAACCACCACAGGCCUUCCGUACCCUGGGCUGAACUAUUCAGAGCAGUCCUCCUGGGUAAAUAGUUACAGCACUCUUAGAAAUCAUUCAUUCCUUCUGACAUGAGUCAGGCUUCAAAUUCCGCCACACGGAAAGACCUGGAGAUUAACCCUCAAGUCGGACGUUACCGGAAGAAAACAAUAGAAUGAGUUUAACUAGGCUUUUAUAACCAACGGUGACUUGGCCACUUUUUUUCAAUCAUUGGUGAGAGUCUAAACGUCUUAAGUCCCAGGAUAUAGCAAACAUUGACAGAAGGUAGGAUACUGCCCCUUGGGUACUGGUUCAUGGUGUUCUAGUGCUGGUUCAAAGAACUUUCUCUAUUACUGGUUCCUGGGACUUUUUCUAGCACUGGUUAACGGUACUGGUUCUAUUGCUGGUUCUUGGUACUGAUUCAUAGUACUGGUUUGUGAUACUUGUUCAUAGUACUUGUUCUAGUACUGGUUUGUGAUACUUGUUCAUAGUACUGCUUCAUGGGACUGAUUCAUAGUACUUGUUCUAGUACUGGUUUGUGAUACUUGUUCAUAGUACUGCUUAAUGGGACUGAUUCAUAGUACUUGUUCUAGUACUGGUUUGUGAUACUUGUUCUAGUGCUGGUUUUGUCGACGUGCCCGGGAGAGAAGUCUGUAGUAUAAUUUUCCUUCUCUCUCCAGCGUUGGUUUGGUGAAUCGGAUCACUGGGUUCUGGCCGAGGCAGCGCAUUCCAGACCGGCCCACCAGCCGGGGGAGGGGGGGGGGGGGGGGGACAUCACAUAACCACCAGCCUGUGGUUAUGUGGGGGGAGGGCGGCUGUGGUCAUCAGCGUGCGCUUUAGAAGUCGGCCCUCUGAAAGAUAAUAUUUCCUGCUUAUCUCGGUCCAUGUGUGACCCUAAUGGUGGAGCCGCCGUAGGCCCCCGCCCCGCCUUUUGAGUCACGGUCACGACACACAAGAAUCUGGCAGUUGGUCUCUUAUCAUGAUUAACUGUCGUUUUCAAGCUAUUCCGUGGCCCUCAAUCUCUCCGAAGUUUGUCAAAUAAGCUAGACUCUCAAGCUAUUUUUGUUUAUUUUCUGUCCUGUGUUUUGUGAGUUUUGGUUCAGUAAGCUUCAUCAUGGGGGUAUUAUUAGUACUCCUCUUCCUCAGAUUAACGAACACACUGUAUUUAUAAAGUUCUGGUUCCAACAGACGCACACGGGUCUAGUAAGGGUCUGUACAUAGUUUGGAUUACAUGUUGGUACGUCAUUUCUCUCAUAGGCAUCGCAAUAUACACAACCCAAAUCCUACCAAAUAUUUAAAUGCCAAAUUAUUUUUCUUUUUGUCUUUUUGGUUUGUAUUGCUUAUAGCUUCUAUUGCUCCACCGCCGUAUCAAUGUUUAAGUUCUGGUUGUGAUUAUACUGUCAGUGCUUGGAAUCAAACUCGCACCUCUUCUGUUGAGGGUCGAGUUGUUUAUUUUCGAUACUACCGAUGCAUAUACUAACUCUCAUUCUUUCUCUGUUUGUUGGUUUUAUUUUCAGGAUUUGACCAACGUUUUUCUUUUUCUUCAUUAAUUUAACUCGAUAUUGUAUGGCCUCCUCCCUGCCCCUCCUCCCUUGUUAAGCUGUUGUAUAUGUCAUUUUAAAAGGUUUAUACACACUAGGUGGAGAUUUUCAAAAGCAAAUAGUUAUAAGACAGUUUUUUAAGAGUUUCUAUUAUCUUUUAGACUUUUUGUUUUGAAGCGCUAUGUAUUUAUGUGUUUUUAUUUUUUUGUUAUUGUAGAAGAAGGAUUUCUCAUGUGGUCUGUGUUUAUCGCUCGGUCUUUUAAGGGAUGUUGUACCGACGAGAUGGCCACAAGAGAUUUGGUUCCAGAUUAACAGUUUGAAAUGAAAGCUUCACAAAACAUAUCACUGCCAUGUUUUCAGCGGUUCAAACUGCCACAGUUAGCAUCACUCGGCUAGCUAAGUGGUGUUAACCUUAGCCGUUGUGCUAAGUCUCUGUUAGCCCAUCGGUUGCUCGGAUACUUUCAGGCCCUGGUUCCUGCUACUGCUACUGCUAAUGGCUAAGUGGUAAAUGAUUGGCUGGUGAAACCACCAUCACUUAGCUAGCUAGCUCAGCAAAUUUUAUCCUGGAGGUUGUUGAAGUGCAUUUCGUUUCAAUAGCUCAAAUUGUGUUCCCUCUUAAUCUCAUGCGGUCUUCGUAAAGAAAAUUGUAGAAUUGUAAUUGAAGAAACGCUCCGAUCAUCAUUCACGUCAUUAAAGCGUUUAUUAAUUGAACGGUUCACAAUCUGCUUUGAUCAGGAACCAGUCAACCCCAGUAAAGUGGGGGAUCCCUCACCAAACAAAUGCCUUUUAAAUAACAUGGACCUCCGGCAGUAAGCAUGUCAUUAAACGUCUCUCCAUCUGGAAGCACCCACCUCAGUGGAGAGUUCCAGAUACUCCUGAUUACUACCCAGAACCCCCAUGGAAACCGUUCAGAUGUUAAUCUGCUCCCAGCUCUUGUCACUUUGGCUCAGGAGAGAAAUGUCCUGGAGCAGCACAUGGACAAACGCAUGGGCACCAACCAAUGAAUCAUUGGUUUCUGCAUGCCGGGCCUGGUUUUAUUAUUUGAAAUAAAGCUAUUUUUAUGCACAA